AUGGACUUCAAAAACUUCAAUCCCGCCGCUCCCGCCGCGCGCCAGCAACCCGCGCCCCCCCACGGCCGCUUAAACCGUUCCGUCAGUCAGAAAGCUGCCGGCGACGUGACGUUAACGGCGGAGGAGUUGGCGGAGAUGGAGCAGGAAAUGGUUAAGUCCAAGACGAAGGUCAUGGCGUGGUUUACGAAAUCGGAGUCGGAAGGUGCGCCGAUUAACGCUCCCCCGCCCGCCGCCUCCCCUUUCGAGGAAGUCGGCGGACUCGAAACCCCCCCUAUGGGGAAGAAAGGGCUUCCGCCGAGGCGGGGGGACGCGCCUCCGCACGGGAAGCCGCCCGCGCCGCAGGAUUUGAGGAAAUGCGCGACGCGGGUGUUUUCGUCGCAGCACGUGCCAGAGUGGGUCGGCAAAGGGGACAGCGGCGCGUUCAAGCGGUCGCAAUCGUGCCGCGAAAUGGGCCAAUCAGGAAGCGUUCUUAGAUCGCGUUCGGUAGAGGGCCCUGGAGUGAUGUACAGACCGUCAGGGGCGGGAGGAGCAGGAGGGGCAGGAGGGGCAUUAGGAACGGGUUCUCCGUACGACGGCGUAGGGAGGAGACCAGGAAUGCCAGGCGGUCCGGGCGGGAAUAAAGACCUAGCGAAGGUUCUAUCGCGGACGGAGCAAGCGGCGGAAAAGGUUAAGAUGCUGCUUAGCCGGCCACCGGACCGCCGGUUGACGCGGUCGCUAAGCGCGAUGAAAAAGAACGACCGAGUAAAUCUAGGCGUGGGGGGGAUGGGGCCGGCCGGGGGAAUGGGGGGAAACUACAGCCCCGGACACGCGGGCGCGUAUGGGUACGCGGGGGAGGGCAGCAGCGGAGGUGGGGGAGGAGGCGGGCGGGGGGGCAUGGGCGGAAUGGCUGCUAGACCGCGCGGAGACCUGCACUUGCGCCGGGCGUUUUCGGAAGACAGGCGCGCGCUUAACUCCGCGCCUAUGCCCGCUAGGGGAAGCUUUGCGCCGCCAGGCGGAGGUGUGGGCGCGCGGAGGGGGGAGGAUCCGCGGCAGCGAAUCCUUGCCCCCCGCGGGCUGGGGCAUUCGGGGGACAACAGCCCUAGCCGCUCCCCCGCGCGCCCGCUCGGGGGGGCCGCCACGUCAGCGCCACGUCAGCAGUACAGAGACGAAGACGGGCGGGCGAGUCAGGGGUAUGAUGAUUAUAGUAGGAGCCCUUCCCCCGAUUGGAGGGGAAGGGGAGGGGGGAGAGGAGGCGGAAGGGUGGGAAGCACCGGGCUGAGAAGGAAUGGGUAUGAUGAGGUUGAGAGGGGUAGAGGAGGGUGUGAUGAUGACUCGAGAUCUGGGUCUUCGUAUGAUGACUAUGAUGGGGGCAGGAGGAGGAGGGAUGAUGAGUAUGAGGGGGGUGGGAGGAGGAGAGAUGAUGGUGAUGAUGGGGACAGGAGGAGGAGGGAUGAUGUGUAUGAUGGGGGUGGGAGGAGAGGUGAUGAGUAUGAUGGGGGUGGGAGGAGGAUUGAUGAUGAUUAUGACGAUAGGAGGAGGGAUGAUGAUUAUGACGAUAGGAGGAGGGAUGAUGAUUAUGACGAUAGGAGGAGGGAUGAUGAUUAUGAUGGUGGGAGGAGGAGGCGGGAUGAUGUCGAUGGGUAUGACCCGAGGGGGCCUGGGCGGGAUACGAGGAGGCGGAUGGGGAGGAGGAACGGCGGUCGCGAGAUGAGUGGGAGAGAGGGAACAGGGGACGAGGGGAUGGAGGUAGGGGAAAUGGGGGAAGAGGGGUUGUGGGUAGAGAGGAUGGGGGAAGAGGGAAUGGGGGGAGGGGGUAUGGAGGGAGCGGGGUGGAGGGAAAGGGAGGAGUGGAGGGAGAAUGGAGUAUAUGUUGAGGGAGACUAUGUGGAGGGUGAUUAUAACGAGCGGGAAAUGGGUCGAGAUAGGCAUGGGCAUGAAUAUGAUGAUGGGUACGGGGAGGAGGAGCAGGAGGGAGUGAGGGAGAUGAGGGGAGGUGGAGAGGAGAUGGGGAUGGAGGGAGUGAGGGAGGAGGAGGAGCAGGAGGAGGGGGACGGGGAGGAGGAGGAAGGGGAAGGGGAGGGACGGUAUGAUGCUGAUCCACAGGGAAGGGGAGAUUAUGGUUACAGACGUGGCGAUGGUUCUGGUUACCACAAUGACGUCACUGCUGAGCUGGCACAAGAUCCUCAUGAUCACCCUGAUGACGUGGCAGGUGAUUAUAACGAGCAGUAUGAUAACGCGUAUGGCAGUGGUGGUGGUGGUGAAGGUGAUGCUGGUGGUGGUGAUUAUUGUGAGAAGCAUGGGGAUGCUGAUGAUAGUCCGUACGAUGGGGAUGGGUAUGUAGUCGCUCAGGAUGGUUACCACCAGGACGGUUACCAGCCGGAUGGUUACCAGCAGCAGCAUGAUGGUUACCACCAAGAUGGUUACCACCAAGACGGUUACCACCAGGAAGGCUAUGCUGCUGUUGAUGAUGGUUGCGAUGAUGGUGGUGGUUACCACAGUAACCACAACACUCCAUCAAGACAUGCUACUGCAAGCCAUCCUUCCCCUCAAUACUCCUCCUCUCCCCACCACCGAUCUGCUAGCUACUCCCCCCAACAGCCGCCCUCGGCUAAUUCCCACCAAAACUCGCCAGCGGUGUUCUCCCCACAGCAAUCGUCUCAUCAUUCCUUCCAACUCCAAACCGCCUCCUACAGCAGUGGGAGUCCGGCUGCGGCCGGUUCUCCUGGGUUAGGAGGGGUUGUGAGCGGUGCUGGUGGUAAUUCUGCUCCUGGAGGAGGGGCUAUGCCAGGCAGAUCCUCAACAGCUGCCACUGGGCGCUCUCCUAUUGGCCACACCCGAUCUAACUCCCAGAGCCUACCAGUCACCAGAGGACACGUGUCACCAGGGGGGGGAAGGGGGGAUGCGGCAGGGGCAGCAGCGCCGCUGCCUGGGGCAUCGCCAGCUCGGCGGUCCAGGUGGCGCAAUAUCAUUGGCCGGCCGUUGGAGAGUUUCGCCGCCCGGUUUGAGCUGACAGGGGAGGUGCUGGGAAAGGGGUAUUUUGGAGACGUGGUGGUGUGCGUGGAGAGGGACAGUGGGGAGCAUUUCGCGUGUAAAGUGAUCAACAAGGGGAAUGUGAAGGUGAGAGCAGGGGGCAUGACCAUGGUGCUGGGGAAGGGGUAUUUUGGAGACGUGGUGGUGUGCGUGGAGAGGGACAGUGGGGAGCAUUUCGCGUGUAAAGUGAUCAACAAGGGGAAUGUGAAGGUGAGAGCAGGGGGCAUGACCAUGGUGCUGGGGAAGGGGUAUUUUGGAGACGUGGUGGUGUGCGUGGAGAGGGACAGUGGGGAGCAUUUCGCGUGUAAAGUGAUCAACAAGGGGAAUGUGAAGGUGAGAGCAGGGGGCAUGACCAUGGUGCUGGGGAAGGGGUAUUUUGGAGACGUGGUGGUGUGCGUGGAGAGGGACAGUGGGGAGCAUUUCGCGUGUAAAGUCAUCAACAAGGCAAAUGUGAAGGUAUGUAGUGGAGGGUGGGGUGCGGCAUGGUGCAGUGCGGUGCAAUGUGUUGAACUGACAGGGGAGGUGCUGGGGAAGGGGUAUUUUGGAGAUGUGGUGGUGUGCGUGGAGAGGGACAGUGGGGAGCAUUUCGCGUGUAAAGUGAUCAACAAGGCGAAUGUGAAGGUAUGUAGUGGACGGUGGGGUGCGGCAUGGUGCAGUGCGGUGCAAUGUGUUGAACUGACAGGGGAGGUGCUGGGGAAGGGGUAUUUUGGAGACGUGGUGGUGUGCGUGGAGAGGGACAGUGGGGAGCAUUUCGCGUGUAAAGUCAUCAACAAGGCGAAUGUGAAGGUAUGUAGUGGACGGCUGGGUGCGGCGUGGUGCAGUGCGGUGCAAUGUGUUGAACUGACAGUGGAGGCGCUGGGGAAGGGUUGUUUUGGAGACGUGGUGGUGUGCGUGGAGAGAGACAGUGGGGAGCAUUUCGCGUGCAAAGUGAUCAACGACGGUGGGACUCCAGAGGAUGCAGAGGACGUGCAGAAUGAGGUGGCAGCGUUGGAGGCGCUGAGGGGCCACCGGCACAUCGUGCAGCUCAUAGAGACGGUGGAGGAGCCAGAGACGGUCUAUCUGGUGAUGGAGCUGUGUCAAGGAGGGACCCUGCAGCAAGCGGUCAGAGAGCAAGGCCCAUUCACAGAACCCCAGGCAGCAGCGGUGGUGGCGGCAGCAGCAGAGGCGCUGCUGCAGUGCCACACCAACGGCAUCAUCCACCGCGACGUCAAGCCCGAUAAUGUCCUGCUCGGGGAGCGUUUGGACGUUUCUGGGGGAGGCGUGCCUGGGGACGUGAAGAUCUGCGACUUUGGCAUCUCAACGUUCUUCCAGCCAGGAACAACGUGCAGUGAGAUAGUGGGAACGGCCUCCUUCCUCUCCCCCGAAAUGCUCGCCCAGACCUACUCUUCUCCAACCGACAUCUGGAGCCUCGGCGUCUUACUGCACCUGCUGCUCUCGGGGUUCCUCCCCUUCCGCGCGCCGACAAAAGAGGCCGUCUUCGAGGCGAUUCUGGACGGCAGAGUGGAUUUCCGGGCGGCGCCGUGGCCGAUUGUGUCGCUAGCUGCCAAGGACUUGGUGUCUAGGAUGCUGACAGUGGAUCCCGAUGAGCGCAUCACAGCAGAGGAAAUUCUCAAUCACCCUUGGAUACUUGACCCUUGA